AUGGUGGAUCGUUUAGUGAAUAGCGAAGCCAAUGCAAGACGAAUUGCUAUGGUGGAGAACUGCUUCGGCAGUUCAGGGCAGCCACUGGCAGAACAGGGAAGAGUGCUGGUGGGAGAAGGUGUCUUGACAAAAAUGUGCCGCAAAAAACCAAAAGCUCGACAAUUCUUUUUAUUUAAUGAUAUAUUAGUAUAUGGUAACAUAGUCAUCAAUAAGAAGAAGUAUAAUAAGCAACAUGUUAUUCCACUGGAAGAAGUAAAACUGGAGUCUCUUAAAGAUGAAGGACAGUAUCGCAAUGGCUGGUUAAUACGCACUGCCUCAAAAUCUUUUGCUGUAUAUGCAGCAACAGCUACAGAAAAAGAAGAAUGGAUGGCUCACAUAGAAAAAUGUAUAGAGGAUUUGCUAAGAAAGAGUGGUAAACAGCCGCCAUCAGAACAUGCUGCUGUGUGGGUGCCAGACAAUGAAGCUGCUAUAUGUAUGCAUUGUAAGAAGACGCAGUUCACUGUUCUAAAUAGGAGACACCACUGCCGCAAGUGCGGGUCGGUGGUGUGCGGGCCGUGCUCGUCGAAGCGGUUCGUGCUGCGUGGGCAGAGCGAGAAGCCGCUGCGCGUGUGCCUGCAGUGCUACGACGAGCUCACGCGCGAGCGCGCGCGCCUCGCGCCGCACCCGCACCCGCCCGCCGCCGAGCCAGUGAAGCCAGCAGCAGACACGGCGGGCUCUGGUGGCGACUCGUCUGCGGACGACGACAGCGACGAUGAAGACGAGCGCGCUGCUGCCGAAGAGAGACAUGACGAGCCAAAGUUCUACGGUGACGGCGAAAAGACUGAAGAGACCAACAAUCAUUCGUCCAAGGAAUCAAAGUGA